GACUCUUGCAUUUCGGUGUAGAGUCUAAGAGACAGUGUCACAUCCGAAAAGACCUAAAGUGUGUCUUUUCCCGGAAGAGAAUACUGGAGGGUCCCUCCCGCGGGGUUAUACUACCUAAAUCACAAAAUCGCUGACUUUUCCCUGUGGCUUUUUCCGCCCACCUCGCUCCAGUCGCCUUUUGGUUUGUUUGGGUUUUGUUAAAGGGUGAAAUGCUAAGCCCCGCCUACCGUCGUAAGUGGCCUGUCACUCCGUCCCGCUGUGCGGUCGUGAUUGGCCAGCAGGACAGGUCGUCCGGCCCCACCCCCCCUUCCCUUUGCCGCGCUCCAGGUCUCGGGUUUUAGCCCAAGGUGGAGAGCGGGAUUCCAGCGGGCGGCGCUUGGAGCAGGUGGAGAGGCAUCCUCUUUCCCGCUGUUGCUGCUCUUCUUCCUCCAAUCCUGGGUCUCAGUCAGGGAAGGACGAACAUUCUUCCUUUGCUGCUGGAGCUUUAGAGAAUUGUUGCCCAGCACCUAGGCACUUCAGAUAUUUCAUCUCACUCGUUUUUGUAAUUUCACUCUAAAAAUCACCUGCACAUUUAUAACCCUGUGACUCUCCCCUUCUGCUCAAUGCUGAGAAGGGGUCCGCAUACUGCAGGGAGCUGUCUAAGGUGCUGAAGCUUCCCAAGCAUCAGUCUACACCAACACCAUGCGGGGUUAGAUUGCACAUUUUAUUCUGUCUUUCUGGUUCCCCAUGCCUUGGAUAAGACUAUUUUCAGGAUCGUGAAUAUCUCUCCGUAUCAUGGCCCACGUGAGACACUUUCGGACAUUAGUUUCGGGAUUUUACUUCUGGGAAGCAGCACUGUUACUCAGUUUGGUUGCCACAAAGGAAACAGAUAGUGCAAGAUCUCGAAGUGCUCCAAUGUCACCUUCUGAUUUUCUGGAUAAAUUAAUGGGGAGGACAUCAGGAUAUGAUGCAAGAAUCAGACCCAAUUUUAAAGGCCCUCCAGUUAAUGUCACAUGCAACAUAUUCAUCAACAGCUUUGGCUCUAUCGCAGAGACGACCAUGGAUUACAGAGUGAAUAUCUUUCUUCGCCAGAAAUGGAAUGAUCCCCGCCUCGCGUACAGUGAGUAUCCUGACGACUCUUUAGACCUCGACCCCUCCAUGUUGGACUCCAUUUGGAAACCUGAUUUAUUCUUUGCCAAUGAAAAGGGUGCCAACUUUCAUGAAGUCACUACAGACAACAAAUUGCUAAGAAUUUUCAAAAAUGGAAAUGUUCUUUAUUCAAUAAGAUUAACAUUAACACUUUCCUGUCCAAUGGAUCUCAAGAAUUUUCCCAUGGAUGUACAAACAUGUAUAAUGCAACUGGAAAGCUUUGGGUACACAAUGAAUGAUCUCAUUUUUGAAUGGCAAGAUGAGGCACCUGUACAAGUGGCAGAAGGACUCACUUUGCCCCAGUUUCUGUUGAAAGAAGAAAAAGACUUACGAUACUGCACUAAACAUUACAAUACAGGAAAGUUUACGUGUAUAGAAGUGCGAUUCCAUCUGGAGCGACAAAUGGGAUACUAUCUGAUCCAGAUGUACAUUCCCAGUCUCCUAAUCGUUAUUCUAUCCUGGGUUUCGUUCUGGAUCAACAUGGAUGCGGCACCGGCCAGGGUAGCUCUGGGGAUAACCACUGUGCUGACGAUGACGACACAGAGUUCAGGAUCACGAGCUUCCUUGCCAAAGGUUUCAUAUGUCAAAGCUAUUGAUAUUUGGAUGGCAGUAUGCCUCCUUUUUGUGUUUUCAGCACUUCUGGAGUAUGCAGCUGUAAAUUUUGUAUCAAGACAACACAAAGAACUUCUGAGAUUUCGACGAAAGAGAAAGAAUAAGACAGAAGCUUUUGCAUUGGAGAAGUUUUACCGUUUCUCAGAUAUGGAUGAUGAGGUAAGGGAAAGCCGAUUCAGCUUCACAGCCUAUGGAAUGGGACCAUGUCUACAAGCAAAGGACGGCAUGACUCCAAAGGGCCCCAACCACCCUGUCCAGGUAAUGCCAAAAAGCCCUGAUGAAAUGAGGAAGGUCUUUAUCGACCGGGCCAAGAAGAUUGACACCAUCUCCCGAGCCUGCUUCCCAUUAGCUUUUUUGAUUUUUAAUAUUUUCUAUUGGGUUAUCUAUAAAAUUCUUAGGCAUGAAGAUAUUCAUCAGCAGCAAGAUUAAGUCUCUGGGGGCAUGCAAGUGCAAAUGGUCACUUCAGAAGAAAGUGUCUCUGCCAUAGCUGUGUAUGUGUAUAUGUGUGUGUGGUGGAUAAAUGAUGACCAUUGUAUUAAAAUGGCAUAUGGAAAAGAUUCGCAUUUUGGUUAGCUAUGCAAAGUCAUGAGAGAUAAGAUUCUUUUAAUGAAUAUAAAAUAUUUAUUAGGGGAUUCUAUUUCAUAUUAAUUCUAGGUGAUUUGUUUUUUCACAGUAAACCAUGUAAGUGGAAGCUUUACUGCCAAUGUGUUUAUAUGUUAUAUAAUAUCUCAUAAUAACAGACACGAAAACUACUUUGGAAUUCCUUAAUUUAUAAUUCAAUGCUAUUAAAUCAUACAAAAGCAAAUUUUGCACAGUAAAUUUUAUGAAAGGAAAAGGGAGAAAUUAUAAAGCUAAUAAAAACCAAUAAUUUGAGAUUUAAAACUAUUUUCUUAUAGUAUAAUUAUGAAAUGGGAAAAUAAUUAGUUACAGUGGGAAAUUCACUCAUAUUAAUGGAGGAUUGUACAUAUAAAUACUAUUUAACCAAUAUAUGUAAUUUUGAAAAUUUUUAAAUAAGAGCAUGAAAAGACUUCAAUGGUUUGGAAUACUAAAUUUAAUUGUUUAGAAUAAUAAAUUUUCCUCUGUGCAAAUUUAAAACAAAUAACAUAAGAGAUCGUGUUACAGUCACAAUCUACUUUUCUUAAACUUUAUAUCUCUAGGAAUGAAGGUGGAAAUAUGGAAAACAACUUUGUUUUCAAAUAAGUAUUAUAGUUGUGUAUUUUUAGUUAUUGCCAAACAUUGAACAAUUCAAGCCAGCACCUUGUUUUUGUUAGACUUUUAAUAGCUGCUUAACUGUGUGUGAUUGUGUUUAAUAAUUUGAUAUAACUGAACAAAAUUCAGUAAGACUUUUAUAUUUUAGUUUAGAACGUGACUUUAAAAUUCAAUGGGAUUAAAGUAUUUACAUUUUGAUAAAAAUGAGUACAAUGAAAACAAAAA